AUGGCGAGCCCCGCACGCCCGCGGCAGGAGCUGGCGGCCGAGGAGCGGCGGCUCCGCGGCGCGGCCCCGACGGUGCCCCGCGACGGCAAGCGGGAGGCGGCGGGGGAGCGGCUGGUGCUGCUGGAGCUGCGCCGCUGCGGGCGGCCGCCGUCCCCCGGCCCCGGCCAGCGGCAGGAGGAGGGGGAGGAGGAGGAAGACGAGGGGGAGGCGGCGGCGGGCGAAGAUUGCUGCGGCAAGUGCAAGAAGCGGGUGCAGUUCGCCGACUCGCUGGGGCUGAGCCUCGCCAGCGUCAAGCACUUCAGCGACGCCGAGGAGCCGCAGGUGCCGCCCGCCGCGCUGUCGCACCUGCAGAGCCCGCCCGGCGAGGAGCGGGACCCGCCGCCGCCCGGCGCCGACCCGCCGCCGCCCGCGCUGCUCCUGGUGCCCGACUUCCCCGACGGCGGCGAGCCCAGCGCCGAGCGGCUGCGGCGGCAGCGCGUCUGCCUGGAGCGCCUGGGGCGGCCCGCGGCGCCCACCGACGUGCGGGGCACGGUGCGAGUGCUGGGCGGCCCCGGGCCCCGCGAGGUGACGGUGCGCUACACCUUCAACGAGUGGCUCUCCUUCGUGGACGUCCCGGCCGCGCCGCUGCCCCCCGAGCCGCCGGCCGAGCGCUACGGCUUCACCCUGUGCGUCCCGCCGAGCCUGCGGGAGGGCUCGGCCCUGCACUUCGCCAUCCGCUACCGCAGCCCGCAGGGAGAGUUCUGGGAUAACAACGCAGGCCGCAACUACACGCUGCGCUGCUGCGGCUGCCCCGGGGGCGGCCCCGCCGCCGCCCCGCCGGGCCCCGCCGCGCCCCGCUACUGA